AUGCUUGGUGUUUUCCGCCAAUUCGGCGUCUCCCAGGCGCUCCGCACAUCUGUGCCUCGCACUCUCUCUGCACGAUGGGCCCCCAAGCUAUCCAAUUUGCAGCCUCUGGUCGUCCGGACUCCUGGUCUGAGCCGGUCGUUCCAGACCUCAUUCCCUGCCCUAUCGGCCGCAAGACCGACUCCUGUCCAGGUCGAGGAGGCUGCUGAAUUGAUCACUAAGUUUGCCGACCUCCAGAACAAUGAGCUCAUUGACAAGAUGAUUAUCCGAAACAUCACCGAUCCUUCUCGCAUGGGCUUGGAGACCAUGACCCCUGUCCAAAGCGAGACAAUCCACCAGAUGCUCAAGGGUGAUGACAUCCUAGCGCAGGCCAAGACCGGCACCGGAAAGACUCUCGCCUUCCUUCUCCCUACCAUGCAAAACAUCCUUAACGACCCUACUCUCUCAUUGAAGGGCCAGAACGCAGGACACAGACGUGGCCCAAGGGCCAACUCAAGUGAUAUCAGAGCCCUCAUCAUCUCACCUACCCGUGAACUUGCCGAGCAGAUUGCCGCCGAAGCCCGGAGGUUGACCCCUGGCACUGGUCUGUUGGUUCAAACCGCCGUCGGCGGAACACAGAAGAGAGCCGGACUUCAGAAGAUCCAGCGCGAGGGCUGCCACCUGCUGAUUGGUACCCCCGGUCGUAUCAAGGAUAUUCUUUCUGACCCUCACAGCGGCGUCUCGACUCCCAUGCUGAACACCCUCAUCCUGGAUGAAGCCGAUCGUCUGCUUGACCAGGGAUUUUCCGAUGAAAUUAACGAGAUCAACUCUUUGCUUCCGGACCCCCUCCAGGUUUCCAGACAGACUUUGAUGUUCUCUGCCACUGUUCCUCGGGAAGUCAUCAAGAUGGUUGACCGAACCAUGAGACCCGAUUACAAAUAUGUCAAGACAGUCAGCGAUAAUGAAGUCCCAGUCCACCUCAAGGUACCACAGAAGUUUGUUCUCCAGCCUGGCUACGAAAACGCUCUUCCUGGUGUCCUCGAACUUGCACAAGAAUACCAGGCGCGCCAGCAGGAAAAUUCGGAGCUGCCACCGUUCAAGGCGAUUGUCUACUUCAACUCCACCAGUGAGACUCAACUUGCUGCUGAGGUUUUCUCACACCUUCCCCGCGGCAGCCGUGAGGAUACCUCUGCGGCCCCUCUGGGUCGCAUGCGCUUCCUGGAGAUUCACUCUAAGCUCAGCCAGAGACAGCGAACCUUUGCUGCCGACGCUUUCCGCCGUGCCGAUGAAGCUAUUCUCUUCUCGUCGGACGUGACUGCUCGUGGUAUGGACUUCCCGAAUGUCACCCAUGUCAUCCAGAUCGGCGUUCCCAGCGAUCGGGAAACUUAUAUCCACCGAACUGGCCGUACUGCUCGUGCUGGUAAGACCGGUGAGGGCUGGGUCUUCAUUAACGCCGGUCAGGUUUCCAGCUUGAGUGAAAAGUGUCAUGGCAUGCCCGUCACUCAGGAUCGCACUACUCUUCAAACUUCUCUUGUGGACCUUAGCAAGGACCUCAGUGGUGCCCCCGAGGCCGUGCGUGAACCGAUUGAGCUCAUCAAGACAGCUAUGACCAAGAUCUCCUCGGAACUGAAGUUUGUCACUUACCGCGCCCAGCUCGGCUCGACUCUUCAGACUUUCAACAGCAAGCAGAAUGCCAUUUGUGUUCUGAACCGACUCGCCGUCCACGGAUAUGGUAUGGAGGAGCCCCCGGCUCUUAGCGCAGCCCUCGUCAAGAACCUUGGACUCCGCGGUAUUCCUGAGGUUAAUGUUGACGAGUCUUCUCGUUCUUUCCGCCCGCGUGGAGAGUUCGAUGACAGCAGAUCCGGUGGUUUCGGUGACCGCCGUGGACGUUCUUCUUUCUCGGACUCCCGCAGUCCUCGUUCUUUCGGAGGUGAUCGUGCCUCCCGCUCUUACGGUGACCGCUCUUUCGGUGACCGCGGUGACCGUGGUGGCCGCAACUCUCGCUCUUUCGGUGGUGACCGUGGUGACCGCAGCUCCCGCUCUUUCGGUGGUGACCGUGGUGACCGCAGCUCCCGUUCUUUCGGGGGCGAUCGUGGCUCGCGCUCUUACGGCGACCGUGAAGACCGCGCUCCCCGCUCCAAUAUGUUUGAAUAG